AUGGAGGCUGCAUAUAAAGCAGAGUUAGUGAUCGACUGGACACUUGUUGGUGAUGAACGUGAAUGUUGUUUGGAUGAUGUUGCUACAGAUAUCAAUCUUAUGAAGACUGAAGCCCAAGAGAUGUAUGGUAGCAUAAGCUAUGAUGGCGAAACCAAGAGAGUUACCGAGACUUUCACUUGCGUGUCAUCACAAGUUAUUGCGGCCACGAAAAAUAAAGAUUUUGUGUGUCUCGAUGACGAGGUGAAAACUAUCACUGAUAGACUCACUGGAGGAUCAAGGAAGUUGGGUGUUGUUCCCAUCGUUGGUAUGCCUGGGCUCGGUAAGACCACAUUAGCCAAUAUGGUUUAUAGUUCUCCUUCAGUAAAGUUGCACUUUCAUAUUCGUGCUUGGUGCACUGUUUCUCAAAUAUAUAGCACACACAACUUGUUAGUUCAGAUAUUGCAUAGUAUUGAUUCUAGGAGUCCCGAACAAUAUCCAGAGGAGAAUGAAGGUGAUCUGGCUAUAAAGCUAAAACAAGCUUUGCUCAGAAAUAGGUAUCUCCUAGUGUUGGAUGAUUUGUGGGGCGUUGAGGCAUGGAAUUUGUUGGAAAAAUCAUUGCCAGAUGAUGCCAAUGGAAGUAGGAUUCUUAUAACAAGCAGAUUGCAGAAUUUGUUUCUGCAAUUCAAACUUGAUAGCAAAGCUCACCAUCUCCGCCCCCUUACCGACGAAGAGAGUUGGAAAUUGCUGCAAAACAAGCUAUUUGGCAAAGAAGGUUGUCCUGCAAAACUAAGUGGAGUUGGAUUUCAAUUAGCAAAAUCCUGUAGGGGCUUACCUCUCACAGUUAUCCUUGUUGCUGGAAUUCUUGCUACUACUGAUCAAAAUUGCUGGCAAGAAGUUGCAAAAAGUCUAAGUUCCAGUAUUGUCCUUGACGACGAAUAUUGCAUGAAGACACUUGAGCUGAGUUAUAGUCAUUUACCAGGUGAUUUGAAGCCAUGCCUUCUUUACUUUAGUGCAUUUCGAGCAGACAAAAAUGUUCCAAUUCGAAGGUUGUUAUGGCUUUGGAUCUCUGAAGGAUUUGUGCAGAAGACUGAAGAAAAGAGCUUAGAGGAUGUGGCAGAUGAGUACUUGAAGGAUCUGGUUGAUAGAAGUCUAGUUAUGGUUUCUGAACACAGAACUAGGGGUGGUGCCAAAGCCUGCCGACUUCAUGAUUUGGUACAUGAGUUUUGUGUAGAAAAAGCCAAAGAAGAAAAUUUUCUACAUAUUAUUCAUAGUCAGAAUGAUCUCACUAUUCUUACUAUCCCAAGCAACCCCCACCGAGUUUGUGAUCAAAAUGCCAGAAAUUUGAUGACUUGGGAUUUAAUGCUACUUUUUCCCAAUUUACGCAGUUUGUUAUUGUUUAAAGAGGAUGCUUUCAGCCUUUGGUUACCUCAACUUCUCAGAGUGCUGGAUUUAAGGAACUUGAAGUUUGAUGCACAUUUUCCGAUGGUAGUAGUAUUGCUUGUUCACUUGAGAUACUUAGCUCUUUAUAUUAGAGGAAUAAAUAGCAUCCCACCUGAAAUAUCCAACCUUUCAAGGUUACAAACUUUUCUGGUAAGAGGAUACUCAAGAUAUUUUUUGUUACCGAAGACUAUCUGGAACAUUAAGACACUGAGGCAUCUCUACUAUACUACCAAUGGCGGUUUUGCUUUUCCUGUUGAAAAUCUUGAAGUAUCCCCAUGUUUAGAUCAUCUAGACACUUUAAACCUUGCCAUUGAUCCCUCCUCUCAAAGCUUGCAAAAGAUACUGAGAAAGUUACCAAGCAUCCGCAGGCUAAAAUGUUCAAUAACGGGUGGUGUCAGAAUCGGAAAUGGUGAAGGGAUUCUAGAGUUUGACUGUUUGAGUCAGCUAGAAUCACUUAAUCUGUCUUAUUUUAAAGGAUAUGGAUUUAAAUUCCCAAGGAAUUUGAAGAAAUUGACUCUCUCAGAUAAUGAGCAGCCAUGGAGUGAAAUUUCAACGAUUGGAAAGUUGCCAAAUCUUCAAGUGCUCAAAUUAGACCAUCAAGCCUUUGCUGGGGAAGAAUGGGAAAUGGAAGAAGGGGAGUUCCCUAGCCUCCGGGUCUUGAUGUUGGCACGCUUAGACUUUCGCAGAUGGAUUGCUGCUUCUGAUAAUUUUCCCCGUCUUGAGCAAUUGCUAUUGUAUAAUUGUCGAAAGCUGGAAGAGGUGCCUUCUUGUUUAGGGGAAUGUCCGACUCUUGAAGCGAUCGAGGUGGGACGGUGUGGUGAGUCUGUUGUCAGUUCAGUGGAGAAAAUUCAACAAGAACAGAUGGACAUGGGAAAUGAAGAUCUAAAGAUCGCUAUUGAAAAAUGUGGUGAUGCAUGGAUUGGCUAA